ACUGCCUUCAAAAUGUUUUGUUAAUUCCUCAUUUAUUUUUAAAUAAACAAUCAAAAUUUCAACAUAAAUAGUGACCUCUGUCUGUCACAGGCGGAACCCCCAUCACUACCAGGUGUCUGAAAAAAAAAUCAUUAAAUCUCGCUCUGCGGUUUCUGAAUUAUCGACCAUUGAAAAAAUCCCAUUUUGCCCCUGUUCUUUCCACACAUGAAUUUUGAAAAAUCUCUCAUUUGACUCUCACUUCCGUUACGGAUGUGCAAUGGCAUUACGCGGGAAAACCUCCAUGACUUCCCCAAAUUCUAAGAACCGCCAUCGACCCCUCCCCCCCCCCCAACAAUCUCUUCUUCAAGCGACUGUUGGAAGUGGUGCAAAGACUCCUAAUUCGUGCGAGCCCUCCGUCAUCAAGGAAACCCCCCAGUAACUCCUUGUGAUCCCCCAGAAACUCCCAGUUGUCAUUCAGAUCCCUUCAGUACUCCCUGACCUUCAAGUUCACACGCUAAAUCCUCUCUCGGUCCUACCUGACCCUGAUACGAUGUCGGCUUUCAUAAAAUGUGAGGAUUUGCUGAGCCUCAUGAAAUCCCGAACCAGCUACUUCGCCCAUCUGGAGUCAGGAGACCUGAAGCCAGGAAUGAGAUUCCCCAGAGAGCCCCCGAGAUACUCCAUCUUCGACGUGAGGCCCUCGAAGGAUUUCCGGAUAUCAAGGAUUGUCCACAGCAAGACCAACGUCCUCGAGAUGUCUCUCAACAUCGUCCCAGACGCUAUCACUCCUCAGACGACUGGAGACAGUCUCGAGAGCUUCAUCGUUCGUAGCACCAGGGACAGGAGACAACGGACGUUGAUUCGUCACAGAGAUACUCAUCACGUCGACUUGAUUGUUCUGGUGGACUGGGGGUCCAGAGAGGACACCGUCACUGCAAGAAGUCUUUUGGUGAGUCUGAAGACGAUUCUGAGUCGGAGGGACCAGGGACGAUGCCCUCCUAGACACGUGAUCCUCGAGGGUGGCUUCAGGGAGUGGAUCCUGCGGUAUCCUGACUUCACCACGAACUCGAAGGCGACAAUCCCUGAGGACUGUACCCCGGACGAGCUUUCUCAGCUCGUGGAGGUGUCCAAGCACUCCAAGACGAUUUCCCUGACCCUCCCAGUGUACCCAAUCUACGAUACCUCUUCUCCCGUCGAUGAGACCGUCAGCAGACGCACGAUUGUCACGAAUUUCCUCGAGUCGCUGGGUGAACUCGAGCAGCUUCUCAAGGAGCAAAAAUACCUGGAACAGGUGUCUGUAACGAAGACUAGGGAGAUCUUGAAGAUGGUGGAGAAAGGUAUUGACUGCCCGCAGUCUUACGGAGAUGAAGCUCACAAGCUCAACGAUCACCUGAAGAAUUUGGUCGAGAGAAUUGGGGAGAAGGAGGAGGAGAUUAAGACUAUGGAGAAGAAGGGAAGGGAGAAGAUGCAUUGGAUGAUCGAUGAUAGGGUGAAGAAGGAGAAGAUGGAGAGUGAUAUUAGAAAUCUGAAGAAGCAGAUUGCUAGACUCGGGAAGAUGAAGACCAACUUGACAAUGGAAAUAAUAAAUCGUCCAUGGCCGGAAUCGUUCGACACAACUGAAAUUGAUUCAGCUCCUGAAGACCCACGUCUAGUUCCAGAAUCAGCCCCUUCAACCUCCCUAUCUCUGACUCGUCCUGCACCCGAUCGCGUUCAGGUUCAGGAGUCCCCCAAGGUAUCUUUCGAGGAGACUCCUAUGGAGGUGGACAUCGAGUCCCCUUCUGAUUCCCCUCCACGACGUCCCCUGUCUAGUACAGAUGACCUGAAAUCAGCUGACCAGAGAAUCCCAGGCACCACUGGCCUGGAGAACCCAAAUUCCUACAUCUGCUACGCCAACAGCGUCAUCCAGUGCCUGAGCCACAUCUCUCAAAUAAAAAACUUCUUCGUCGACAAUUUCACCAACGUUGAAGGACAUGUCACCCAGGUGUUUCAUCGUGUGAUGAAAACGCUGUGGAGUGGACAGCACAAGUCAUUUUCCAUUGAAGUCCUGAGGGAAAAGGUGGGAGAGCGGAAGCCCACCUUCAACAACAAAAACUACCAGGACGCCCAGGAGUUCCUGACGGAGCUUCUGCAGAUUCUACAUGAGGAACUGCAGGAGGAACAGUCUCCAGAUGAUGACGGAGAGGGCCAGAGCCCCCAGGAGGCCAUGAACAGAGUCCUCGAGGGCAAAUACUCCAUCAUCUCCAGGACCUUUUAUGGACAGACUCGUUCCUUCGCGACUUGUGAUACCUGUGGAUCCACAUCAUCCAGGAAGGAGACUGCUUUCGACGCUUUUACGACUCUUAUUGUGUCUCUGCCAGAGGUGAACGACUUGACCAACAGUCACGACUUGAAAACGUGCAUUGACGAGUCCCUGAAGGGGAUGGAAAUGAGGACGUGCACGAGGUGUGGUGGGGUACAGCCUGCAAGGGUUGUCCAGGAGUUCACGCAACUGCCGCCUGUCUUAAUCGUCGCUCUCAAUCGUUUUAUGAAGACACAGGGAAAGAACGAAAUUCGAAAGAACGAGACUUCCGUGAGUUACCCUCUGAGGAUGGAACUGGAGGUGAGUGAGGCUGAGGUCAAGACGAAGGUGAGGUAUCAGCUGCAGGGAGUUUGUCGGCAUUCAGGGUCACUUGCACGAGGACAUUACUACAGCUAUUGCAGGCAUUUGAUGAGUCAGAGGUGGUACAGGUUCAACGAUUCAGAUGUUAACUAUGUCAGGACGACGGAGGUGGUUGCUGAGAAGGAGACGGCCUACGUUUUCUUCUACUUAAAAUCUGAGACUGUGUGAGGGGGAACCUCAUAGAUGAGCUUACAAUGGAAAAAAAAUAAUUCUUAAAUUUUUUCUAUUUUUAAUUUUCUUUCGAGACUUCAGUGCUGAUUUUUCAUAUUCUUGACACAAAAAAGGCGAUUUUCUUCCAAAAAUUUAUCGCCCGAAGGCUGAUAUUAUUUAUAUAUUGUUUAUAUAUUAUUUAUAUAUUAUUUAUAUAUUAUUUACAUAUUAUUUAAGCCAGUGAAGAUAUUGUCUAUUUUAAAAUUUGAUGAGGAAAAUCUCUCUUAGAUAUUCAUUAGACGUGAGAGAUCCUCAUUAAAUAUUCAAUAGUGAAAAUUAUUGUUACUUCAUCGAUUUUAUCAGUUCGAUAUUGAACUCAUUGCGUUUCACUUCCCAUUUUAUUAUGGAGUUAUAACUCAUGUUGAAUUGUCGCAGACUGUAGUGCUUAAUUAUUAAUACUAAUCAGUGAGAUUUAAUGUAAUCUCACUGAAAUUACUCGCAAAAAUGAAAAUGAUAGACAAAAAUGUGAUGAAAAAAAAUAGGAAAGGGUUAGUCUUGUAUUAAACAAAAUUAAUAAUAUUUUGUAUUAACAAACUUAUAAUAUUAUUUAUUUAGAUGUCGUCUGUCCUUCGUCAUUGGACUUCCCAUUUUCAAUGUGAUUUUUCUUCAAUUAAUAAUUGGAAGUUGUUACGGGAAAAAAUAAUACGAGGAAUCCACUUAGAGAAAUUAAAUUCUUUAUUCCCCACCGCAAUUAAUAUCAUAAUUAAUGCAUCCCAUAAUAAUCCCAUUAAUAAUAAUAUAAUUCUUCGGUCAGAUCUGAUAAGCUCAUAAGUUUGU